CUUUUUACCCCUUUUCUUUCUUUUCUUAUUGUCUGUCUGUCCUGUUCACUUUUUCAUAAAUUCAUUCAUCAGCCCUCAUUCAUCUCACAUUCAACCGCAACUCAUCUCGCCCUCUUUCUUUCUUCCUUCUCUUCUCAUUUCUUUGACUGAGAAACGUCUCGUCAUGGUGUCUGCAUCUGCAUCUGCAUCUGAAAAGACAGCGCACCUAGACGAGGAGUACGACGUCGAGAUCCCCGCUGGCAUCGCUCCUGAUGCUUACUACGAUUCACAACUUACACCUCUACGUGCAGCUCUCCGUCGUUUCCUCUUGCCUUAUGUUCGCAAAGAAACUUCUAUUCUGCAUUCAAUGCAGCUUAAAGUACGACAUCCAGUGCUCGAUGUAUAUUUCACAACGACAGCCUUCUCUGGUAACCAUACCUUCUUCAUGAUCGCCUUGCCAGUACUCUUCUGGUUUGGCUUUUCUGAGAUUGCUCGCGGAUUCACAUUGAUUGCUGCGAUGGGUGUUUAUUGGGCAGGAUUUUUCAAGGACUACCUCUGUUUGCCUCGCCCACUAUCACCUCCAAUCGUUCGCCUCUCCCGCUCAAAAUCGACCUGUCUAGAAUAUGGCUUCCCAAGUUCACAUUCCACCAACGCUGUUUCGGUUGCUCUCUUCCUCUAUUGCCAUCUUCUUACUACAGAUCCUGCAUCAUGGAGUCCCUACACCCGUGAACUCGCAAUUCUAGGUCUGAUCAUCUAUGCUGUAUCAAUCGUUUAUGGCCGUCUCUACUGCGGAAUGCAUUCAAUCACGGAUUGUGUAGGAGGAUCAUUGAUCGGAAUCUCAAUCUGGGCAGUGCAAUGGACGUUCCGCCACACCAUUGAAUACUACAUGGUUAGUCCCGUCUGGUGGGUUCCGCCAGUGGUAAUUGGAACUGGUAUCCUCUUGGUCUCAAUCGUUCCAGAUCCCGUAGAUGACUGCCCUUGCUUUGACGAUUGUGUCGCGUUUAUUGCUGUGAUCAUGGGAUUGAUCCCCGCUAGCAUUCACUUUGCAUCGACCCCAUAUUCAUCCAACUACCCUGUGCCAGCCACGAUCCCUUAUAGUAGUGAGCUUGGCGUCAUUAAGAGUGUAUUAAGGCUUGUGUUGGGAGUUACGAUCCUGUUUGUUUGGCGAUUGAUGGCAAAGAAAUUGCUCUACGUGGUGUUACCUCCAAUCUACAAGCUCUUCAAUUUGCCCUACCGCCCCCAUUUCAUCCCUGCAAGCACCUAUAAUACACUCUCAACAUAUCCAAUUGGAAAGGUUCCAUCUGUAAUUGAUCUUCCAAAUAUGUCUGGAAAUGCAGAGAUGGUGGGACUACAGUCCGCUAUGGACGUGCAUGAGAAAUAUUCACAAGCAGCAGCAGCAAAAGCAAAGGCUCAAGAGCAGGAUGGUAUUACCACGGGGUUAAGGGCGCGUAAAGGUCAGGGUGCUGUGGAUCAAGAGAUGAGCGUCGGAGAGAGGAGUACACUUUUGGAAAACAAUCAUCAUCAUCAGCGCGAUAGUUCAGCUCUCAGCAGUACGACGACUGUGUGUGAUGGUGAAGAUUCGCAAGAGAAGAGCGGAACCGGACAUAGUCGUUUUGAGGAUGAAGCAGAAGCAUUGAUGAGAGUGGAAAGAAUGCACCCACCUAAGAGUCGCUUCGAUGUUGAUAUUGUCCAAAAGCUUGUGGUAUAUGCAGGUAUUGGUGCGUUGGCUGUAGAUGGAAUCCCAAUUUUGUUUGAUCUCAUGGGUCUCGCAGCUGCUCCGAUACGUGUUUAAAGAUAUUCCUAGAUAAUAGCAGAUAGAAGAUGGUAAUUUUUAUCAUAUUGAAAUAUAGUCCGUCCCAUUAAAAAACGAGACAUUCCAUCUAUUGUAAAAAGAAGAAAUGUAUUAGAA